GUUCGUUUGAGCCAGUUUAGCACUGCUCCUACGUGAGGGAUGGCAUCCAACCAGGACCAGGCCAGCUUCCGCGCCGGCGAGGCCAAGGGCCACACCCAGGAGAAGGCUGGGCAGUUGAUGGGCGCGGCCGAGCACAAGGCCUACGAGGCCAAAGACCGGGUCGCGGCUAUGGCGGGCCACUCCUCUGGACAGGGGCAGGGCGCCACGGAGGCCACCAAGCACAAGGCCGGCGAGGCCACCGACAAGGCGUCCCAGACGGCGCAGGCGGCCAAGGACAGGGCUGCCGGCACGGCGCAGACAGCGAAGGACAAGGCCUCAGACACCGCGCAGGCCGCCAAGGACCGCACCGUCGAGAGCAAGGACCAGACCGGCAGCUUCCUCGGCGAGAAGACGGAGAUGGCCAAGCAGAAGGCCGCGGAGACCGCCGAGGCGGCCGGGCAGAAGGCGGCGGAGACGGCGCGGUACACGCAAGACAGGACAUACGACGCGGCGCAGUACGCCAAGGAGUCCGCCGUCGCCGGCAAGGACAAGACCGGCAGCGUCCUCCAGCAGGCCGGCGAGACGGUGGUGAACGCCGUGGCGGGCGCCAAGGACGCCGUGGCCAACACGCUGGGCAUGGGCGGAGACAACACCAACACCACCGGCACCACAGAGAAGAUCGUCAAGGAUCACCGCUAGACGCAUGAGCUCGAUUUGCUUUCGUUUCCUUCUCGCAAUACACACGUAUUUGGUGUUCCAGUUUCAUGAUUUCCAUGGGCGGAGUAUCUUUGUGUUUGCCAUUUCAAGUGCUAGUACGAUGUAACAAUAAUAAAGUUUGGAAUUAAGCUCACACACGUGGCAUGGUA